UCGAUAUAUUCGUCUCUCUUUCACCGAAAAAUAAUCGACACACUUUUGCGGCGAGAAGGUCAGAAUAAGCGAGACGUGCUGUAGAGACGAUUGUUGACGAUCCGACUAUAUGAUCAGGAGAUCGCGUUUGUAUCGGUUCCUUUGGUGAGCGAAGCCGCGAGCGUGGUUGCUUGGAAGAGAUAUAAGACUACGACAGUACAGCUUUGUGUUGUCAGAACGUGAAGGAUAACGUUCGCUGCCGUGCCGAAGGGAGAGAGAACCUUGCCACUGAGCGUCCAUCAGUGGUGCGUGUCGAGAGACGGACUCAGACUCUCAGCUACCACUCCGACAGUAGUUCCCUCGCGGUCGCGAUCGCACGACGAUCAAUCUUCCUCGGAUCCACAGAGCACACCACACGAUACCCGACGCGAGGCCCGACCAGAGCAUCCUCUCUAGCUCCUAAUAUCGAAUUAGUCUCUCCUCGAGCAACCAUCGCGUCGUACGCCCUUUCCGAGGGCUGGGGAUAAAUACAUCGUGCAGCAUCUCUCCGAGACAGGGCCGUACCACCCUCGUGGAUCGUGAUUUUCCGUUUGAAGAAUCAUCUUCUUCGUUGGAGCGAUUCCUUUGUUGACGUGACCACCGACGAACUCUAUUUUCAGAGAUUAAUCCGUUGAGGAAGAAUCGGGGACAAUGUCGGGCAUCGUGGAGUGGUACAAGGACCUCAUGAACAACGCUAGUGAUCCGAGGACCAGCGAUUGGUUCCUGAUGUCGGGGCCAGGUCCGUUGCUCAUGAUCGUCGUCUGCUACACCUACUUCAGCGUAUCCGCUGGGCCGAGGUACAUGAGGGACAAGAAGCCGUACGACUUGAGGAACGCUAUGAUCCUGUACAAUUUCAUACAAGUCCUGCUCAGCAUGUAUCUCUUCUACGAGGGUCUGAUGAGCGGUUGGUUGACAGAAUACAGCUAUACCUGUCAGCCUGUCGACUACUCGGACAACCCUAACGCUAUGAGGAUGGCCCGCGCCGUGCACUUCUACUUCGUCUGCAAACUGAUCGAGCUACUGGACACGGUGUUCUUCGUUCUCCGAAAGAAGAAUCGUCAGAUCACCUUCCUCCACGUAUACCACCACGGUCUGAUGCCGAUGUGCGCCUGGAUUGGGAGCAAGUUCCUGCCGAACGGUCACGGUACCCUGCUGGGCGUCAUCAACGCGUUCAUCCACGUGAUCAUGUACACGUACUACAUGCUGUCCUCGAUGGGGCCCCACAUGAACAAGUACCUUUGGUGGAAAAAGCAUCUGACGUCGCUGCAACUGAUCCAGUUCACCAUCAUUUUCUUCCACAGCGUUCAGCUGUUCUUUAACAACUGCAACUAUCCGAAAUUCAUCGCAUUCUUACUCACGCUGAACUCGGUGAUGUUCAUCUACAUGUUCGGAUCGUUCUACGUGGAGAACUACAUAAAAUCCUGUAGAGCGAAAACAGCCGUGAACGACGAGUGCGCCAAAGCGAGCACGAACAGCAGCAAAGGGAAGAACAAAGCCGAAUGAAGCGGAAUCGCUCGACAAACGUCCAGGACAGCCUCCAGACGGUGUUCUCCGUCGACCAUGGACCACCCGUUCAUGUUCAUUAGCUGUUCAAGGUUCUGUAGCGCAGAUGGACGGAUUCGAUGGAAUGUUUGUUGUCGGUUUUCUACGGGAGAGACGGGACCGUGUCGUUCUCGCCAUUUAGCGGGUACCUCGAGGUCCAUUCGUGAUCGUAGAACGGACAAUUUAUGGUCGCGCGUGAGACCCGGUAUAGCCGUUGGAUGUGCAUAGUUAACAGCAUUUUUCCAUCACUGAUUUGCUUAUGUCGCUAAUUCGAUGGAAUAGAAUCUGAAACAUUGCCUACAACCCAUACGAGAUGCAAAGUUUCAACUGGUAAAGAUGAUUUUUGUAGAAGAGAUUUGUGGAAAAUGUAGAAUAAUAUUCUUUCGCAUUCCUUUAUAAGAACACACCGCUUCUAAGUUACUUAUAUGCACUAUGUAUUUUGAGACACCAUGCAUAGCUUUCUCGUGUAUUCGUAAAUUCCUUUUACCUCGAAUGCUAACACUUUGCGUUUUUCUCACAACCUAAUCAAACGAGAAAUGCUCACAGGGAUCGGCGUGGUGCAUCUUCUUUCAGAAAGAAAGCUUUUUAAUUGUUUCUAAUAAAAGAUGCACUGUGCUGAUCGACGCGAGCCUCCUUUUUUAUAUUUAAUAUUGCGGUGGUUACAUCAGAUUUUGGUUUUAAAGAUAUGACCUCAAGGGGUGUCAGAUCUCAUUCCGUCUUUUUCGAGAUUAUUUAACCAUUCGGUUACCGUUUCUAACGAAAGUCGAGUCGAACACAUUCGAAAUUUCCGCCAUUAUCGUCAACGAACGAAGAGACCCGUCGAGUGCUGCGACUGGAAACACUAUCGAUUUCGCACGGUAACGCUCGAUUCUCAGCGUCGAUAACGAAGAAAUCGAUCGUCGAGGCGAGCGCCAUAACGAUCGACCGGCUCGAGACUCGAUCACAUCCAACGAGUUUUUGCUCAUCAGUCGAUAAAGCAACAAACACUUUUACGGCCGUGUUUGAAUGCAGAGUUGGACAAAUUUUAUUCCGAAUAACGAAUAAAAAUUGUAAAUUCAUCUGAGAAUUAAUUUAUAUUUACGUUUUAUUCGUAAAUUUAUUCGUGCUAAGAUUUGCCCAACUCUGGCUGAAUGUAUGUACAUAUUUGUUCUUUCAUCGCGUUACGCGAGAAUGAUCGACAACGACGUUCAUAGGUCCGACAAUCGAAGCUCUUGGGACAAUUCGAUACUGGAAUACUUCUUCUUUUUUGUACGAAACUAUGUAAUACAUGUAUAUAUACUUA